AUGCUUUCAUACACACAACGCACCUCAAGUGUGUCGUCAGGCCAAAGCUCGCCAUACAACAGACCUAGUGUGGUCACAAGCACAUUGAUCGAUAGAAAGAGAUCAAAGAUCUCUUUUGACGAAAACUGCUGCUUCUGCGAAGAGCCCCUCUUGAAUGUUUUUGAGGGUGAGACACUGCUGGACAUGUCAUGCGGCCACCAUUGUCAUUUUGAGUGCUACUCCGAACUUUUCAGCUCUCCAAGUGGAGGUAAAACUACUGUCUACUGCCCGAUCUGCGGCACUUCCAAUACUUGCAAUGACGACGAGGUCAACGAUAGUAUAAUAAGGAACAGACUCUUGUCGUCCAGCUCUUGCGAGUUCAAUCAGGACAUUUUUGCAUCCACGCCGGCAACUUUAAUGAACCAAAUCACUCCACUGGCCCCUUUUCCGGACCCACUAACCCCCGCCACUCCAGUUCUGCCCUCCUUCCCAGAAUUCCCUCAACCCUCGCCAAAGACACAGCCUCUAUUUUACGACUCGCCCAUCAUUAGCACAUUCCCUUCUACGAUUUCUGCAACCCCUUCUUCGUCCGCUUUCCCUGCAGAGUCUUUAGCUGAGGCUAAAAUUGAGAUCAUACCAGAGUUCUCAAAGAUCAUUCUUGCCAACGAGCACGCAAUCCCAAAAUACUACGAUCUUUCCUGUGUCCUCAACAUAAAAUCUCUAGACUACGAGCCUUCCUUGUCAGAGCUUCCUGAAGACCGCAAGAAAAGAGAAUGGGACAGGAAGCAGGAAAUCUCAAAGGAAGUGAUCCACAACUUUGAGUCGAAACUGCAUCCAGAUUCGGAUCUUGAUGUUGCGAAGCUUGGUCAUCUCGUGCUAUUUGAUAUUUUUGUCAGUGUUUCAAUUGACGGCAACAGUUUCCACCAUCCGCAGGUGUACUUUUUCGAUCGGCGGCUUCUGAUUCUCAACGAAUCUGGAAAUGAGUUAAUCCAGAACAUAUACCUCAUGGACAAGCUGUCCACUGUGUUUGAUGACGAAUCCAAUUUAGAGAUCACGCUCAACCUUGCCAGCUUGAGUGUUCCUGAUGUUGAGCUGAAGAGUGAGAAUAAGCUUAUCCACGACAAGUGGCUGAAAUUGCUUUCCAGGAUUGUAAGAAGAGCACAACGGCAGCCCCGUGCAAAUCCUAACAAUCCGUUUGUCGCCGAGAACCCUUUUGACGAGAGAGAGUUUAGUCCAUCGAAUCUUUUUUCGAAGGAGUCGCUAUCUUUGUCAAAGGAGGUGCCAUUAAUUCAAAUGUCCACGAACGCAUGGGGCCUGUUGGAACGAAACGAAAAAGUCAUUCCAGAGGAGGUGCUCAAAUUCAACAAGCUUGUUUCCAAAGGACUGGAUCUUCCAUUGGGAUUUGUUAAACGGCAAGUUUCAAAACCAGACUCUGACCCAUUAAUUCUUAUUCUGGUCGUUCCAAUGGUGAACAACGGAAACAGUUGUCUGGAUGAUGCGGACUAUACAUCAGAGAUGCGCCAAUUAAUAACUCAGACUCUCGAGAGUUUGCAACCAGAAGACAAGCUUGGACUUGUUUUUCUAGGCAACAAACGUCCUGACUCGCUUUUGGGCAACUACUACGGAUGUAUGUCACCGCAUUGGGAAGGGUGGUCCGAGGUGAUUUCCAAUAUUGAGUGCUAUACUUCGACUGCUGGAGAUGAAGUGCAGAGCUCCGACUAUGAUAUGUGGCGAGAUGGCUUGAAGUACGUUUCUCUUCUUGCAACCACCGGCUUUCCAGAAGCAGGCUCACAUAUUCAUGAGAUCAUCUUUAUUAAUACCGAGCGGGUACAGACAGUCCACUACUUUGAGGAGAAUUCUACAGUCGAUCGUUUGUGGGGACGUUACAACAAGAAACCGCAGAAGAGUGUUAGCGAAAUGGUCACAACGCUCUGCGACAAACAUUGCGCAACGUUCCACUCUGUUUCGCUAUUUGAUGAAUACGCCUAUCACCCGCAAGAGUUAUUGGACCACUAUCAUGGGAUCAUGGGUUCGUCCAAGACACAUGUCAGACGCAGUGUGGAGCACCAUCUCGUUUUGGAUUUCGACAAUCUGCAACUUCUAAUUAAACGAUUAAUCAGCCAGUUUCACAACGUUUCCAUCUCUCAACUUCGAACGCGGAUUGAGGUCUGUGAAGGCGUGCGGGUGACGGAGAUCGAGAGAAACGGGCAGCUGGAAACGGCAGAUUUGAGGAGUUUGUUUGAGGUUGUCAAUCUCAAUAACAUACCGAGCAGCUUUGAAAAGUCCACGAUGAUCAAUGUGCGCAUUGAUUUGAGCUCGUUCACGGUGGAAGACCUCAAACAGGGACUCAAGGUCGAUUUGCUGAAAACGAUCACCAGCAUCAAUGUUCACUCCGGCAGAAAGCAGUUCAAGGGCGUUGCCAGCAUCAGGAUGUCGCUGGACAACGCAGUAUCGAAUGCGUCGACGAUGCCAUUGAACUUGCUGGUGACUAACGCGGGGCUCGAGAAGUCGCAGUUCAGUCUACCUAUAGUUGCUCGUCUUUCUGCGGUGAAGGAUGCUGUUUUCGUGAAGCGGCAGGUCGAGCUGCUAAUCAACAGCGUCUUGCUGUCUGAGGUGUUCAGCAAGAAGACGUACUGUCACAGCUCGAAGGAGGAGAUCCGCACGGCGCUCAAGAACAUGAUGAACAAGGUUUGGGAGCUGGUCAAAUCGUGCAACAGCUCAAACACGAGCAACAUGCGCAACAUCGAGGAGUGGUCGGAGACACUGAAUGACGAGGUCCAGCAGAUAAUCGACGGCUACUCCAUGAGAAACUACAACUUGAGCAAUUACUGCUGUGUAGCCAAAUAUUUCGAAUUUAUUUAA